AUUUAAUCUCUGAGACGAAGCACAACUGCCUUUAAAGAUAACGAGAUGUCUUUUGUAAAUGCUAAAGCAUACAAAGGAGGUAAUGAGUUUAGUGUGAAAGUGACGAAGAAUUUAAUGGAUGAAUUUUCUGGGUGGUUAAAUUGGCGUGCAGAUGGGAAGGAUUCAGUUCUGGAUGUUGGGAGUGGUCCUGGGAAUACAGUUCGUGAGUCAAUUUACCCCCUUUUGCCGCCCAAUUUCACCCGUCUCGUCGUUUCGGACAUUUCCCCCCAAAUGGUUGAGCUGCAACGGAAAGAAUUUUCUGGCUUUGAGCGAGUUUCCUGCGAAGUUCUUGACAUUGGCAGUGAGAUCAGCGAUGAAAUGAAGAAGAAGUUGAGCACCUUUGACCACGUAACGUCUUUCUUCUGCCUCCAGUGGGUGGCUGAUCAGCAACGAGCCAUGGAUAAUAUCUACAGCCUCCUCAAGCCAGGUGGGGAUUGCUUCCUGGCCAUUGUGGCGGAUACACCAGUUCUGAAUGCUCUCAUUUCUGUCUGUGAAAAUCCUCGUUGGAAGGAUUGCUUUGCAGGAUGGCAGGAAUUCUAUGGCUUUCCCUACACCAACAUUACCGAAGCCAAAUGCAAAGGUUUGGAAUUCAUGCAAAAAGCUGGAUUCACGGAAACAAGAGCAGAAUUGAGAUACUGUCCUUUUAAAUAUGCGAAUGAUGAGCAGAAAGAAAAUUUCUUGAGGUCAAUACCAAAUAAAUUCUCCAGAGAAGUGUCCGCAGAAGAAGAGGAAGAAAUAUUCCAGGAACGUCUUCAAGUUUUUGAUCAAUUCAAUGUUGGAGAUUACCGUGAUAACACCAAUAAGAUUGAGAAGCCAAAUACCUAUCUUAUUUUAUAUGGGAAAAGGGAAAAAAAGCCUAAAAUUUAAUAAUUUCUUGUGAGAAACAUGAAUGGUUCUAACUCAUUUCUGUAGGGAAAUUUCCACCCUGCAACUCUUUUUCAGAUUAUUUUACCUUUCUUUGCUCCCUAUGUAAAAAUUAUAACAUACACUACCCUCUAAAAGUUUCUGGACAAGCAAAAACGGGGUAUUUUUUAAGGAAAAUUUCAAGUGGCUAUAUCUCCGAAUUUAGUCAACCGAUUUCCAAAAAUUUAUCAGAUUUGGAAAGGAAAUUAAAUUACCUUUCCAACGACAAUUUAUUUAUUCAAAUCAGUGCAUUAUCGGCCGAGAUGCAAGAGGUCAAAGUAAAAAUUUGAGAAAUCGUGACAAAAAAAACGCUUUUACCAUGUUCACCAAAAUGGUUGCCAAAAAAUAACGGGUUGACCGAUUUUCAAAAAUUUACCAGUUUUGGAAAGGUGAGAAAUGUACCUUUCCAAAACUGUUAAAUUUUUGAAAAUCGGUUAACCACAGACGGAAAUAUAGUGCUUUGAAAUUUGCCCAAUUUUUGCUUACCCAGAAACUUUUUGAGGGUAGUGUAUUUAAAAUAUCUUCAUAAUAUUUGCAAUGAUUUUAUUACAAAACAAUUUUAAAAAAAUAUAUAAAAAAAAUAAAUAUUCUAUUUUAUUUAUGAGUUUUCUUCAAGCUCUUUUCUUUGAAAGUUUUAUUGGAAAACAUUGAUUCUUUGAAGAGAAUUUAUAUGAUUUACAUAAGAGAUUAAAGUAUGAGAGGUUGUGGGACAAUCCAGAGGUUGAAGCAGGGGUUUAAGCUCUUUCAUGUGACUCUCAAACAUAUAAAAAAAAAUUAAUGAUUUUAUUAAACAGAAAAAUCACAUCUUUAACUUUUUCGCCUAUAUCUAUGCAAGUUAUAGAGCUUUUCUUUAUUAAUUUUUUGCUUUGGAAAUUGAAGAAAAAGCUUCUAGGGAAAUAUUUUAAAAGGGAAGGACAGCCGCAUUCUAUAAAUAAUUGUUUGAGUAUUAGUUAAUUUACUUUAUUAAUUAUAUUACAAAUGGGAUUCAAUAAAUGUAUUGAAUAAAAUUAAAAAUAAAAAUAUUUUCUUGUGCAAAAAAA